AUGCCUUCUUGCCACUCGCCUUUGCUCGUUGCCUCGGUGAACUUUCACCCCAGCUGCAUAGGAAAUGUCACACAGGCAGAGGCCCGUGCUGCUGCAGGGGGCGUAAUACCAGGAAAAAGAACACUAUUUUACUGCUCCCGCAGCAUCUUUUUCUUCUGUCUCUCGCUCAAGUGCCACAUCGCUCUCCCAACAGCAGCUAUCGCAGACUCCUGCCGCUGCAUCAAUGCUGCUUUCGCAUUAACGCCAACAAAGCAGUGCCUGACAUGGGGGAGACCGUUUGCUCUUCCUCAAAGUUGUCAACUGAGUUUCAGCUGGCCUGCUGUAGCUAUGGGGAGCUGCUGGAGCUGUCUGUACAGAGACCCCAUUCGAGACAACCAUCUCACUAAAUUUAAGGUCACAAAUGUGGACGAUGAGGGCAACGAGUUGGGCUCUGGGAUCAUGGAGCUCACCCAGACUGAGCUCAUCCUUCACACUCGUAAGAGAGACGCAAUCCGGUGGCCGUAUCUGUGUCUGCGACGCUACGGCUACGACUCCAACCUGUUCUCUUUUGAGAGCGGGCGGCGCUGUCAGACAGGACAGGGAAUAUUUGCAUUCAAGUGUUCCCGAGCCGAAGAAAUCUUCAACUUGCUGCAGGAGCUGAUGCAGUGUAACAGUAUCAAUGUGGUGGAGGAGUCGAUGAUGAUGGGCCGCACCGGUCACACUCCAGAAAUGGAGAUGUCCCGCACCCCACAGACACCCAACACUCCAGGAUUCCCUGGUCAGGCUUUUCCAAAUGGUUACCCAGGUUACCCUCUCAGAGGCGACUCCCAGCCUUCAAUCACAGAUGAGCAUGGUCACAGCCUGCUAGGUUUGGAGGACCAGACUCACACCUAUGUAAAUACCGUUACUAUGGAGGGUGAUCUCUCUAUGCGUCACUGUGUGCACUCCCUACCUGAAGUUCGCCCCAGCACGUUCCCCGAUACAGCCCGGGGAGGCCAGAGCUCUGCUCAGUCCAACCUGCGCUGCUGCUCCAUAGAGGAGCAUAAAGAACCUCAGGUAUUCAUACAGCCAUCUUCACAGGAGGUGAAGUUCAGACUGGGCCCCACUCCGGCACAGCGCCAUCUAAUGGAGAGAGAUAGAGAAAGGCUCAACCCUCACAGUCUGCAGCCAGUAGAGGGCGCCACAGGCUCAGAGACAGAAGGAGACGAGCCCUCUAUGCACUUGUGCAAUUCUCACUCUUAUCACCAUUUCCAUCACCAUGCUCUCCGUCACCCCCCGACCCAUGAGCUCUCAGACAGCAGUGAACUGACUUACGAGAACAUCAACGGGCUGCGCCGGAAGCAGCACCUCAGCCCCAGCAGCGUGUCUCAGUCUGUGGGCUCCAGCAGCAGCAGCAGUACCACAGGCGACAGUCACUCCCAUACACUGCUACACUCCCACGGGCCGGCCUCCCUGCCCCUUCAGGGCUACCCCUGUGACCGGGGCAUGAGCCACCGCAGGACAGCCCUUCUCAACUAUGAGAACCUGCCCUCGCUGCCCCCAGUCUGGGAGUACAGUGCUCUGCAGCGAGACGAAGAACAGGAGGAAGAGGAGGACGAGCAGGAUGAGGAUGAGUAUGACGAAGAGGAGGAUGAUUUUGAUGAAUACGAGUUCUCUGAAGGGCCUGGCACCCCUAAUGGGUACCAUCAAGAAAGUAGAGGCAUCCACAGAGACGCUCUGCAGAACUAUGUGAACACUGAGCAGGUUCAGCCGUCAAGGCUACGACACCCAUGCCCCCUUCCACCGCGCUCCUGUCAGCCCGACAGAGGCGGCAGAAUAUUUAAUUUUGAUUUCCGUAGAAGGUCAAGAUCAGGAGCGGGGGGCUGUGAGCACGGUCAUAUGCCCACGCGGCAGCUGAACUACAUUCAGGUGGACCUGGAGGGAGAGCCCUGCCCCACAGCACUGGGUGCAGGGGCUCAGCCUCAGCACCAGCGCCUAUCAUCCAAAAAGUGCGUCUCGCAGCAGGCUCCGCGGCGGAGUGAGUGCUACGCUGUCAUAGACCUGAAAAAAACCGCAGCCAUGUCCAACUUGCAGAAAGCGCUGCCCCGGGAUGACGGCACUUCCAGAAAGACUCGCCACAACAGCACAGAUCUGCCUCUGUAG